CAAAAUGUUUCUAAACUGCUCAUUAAAUAUGACUUGUGUAUGUUUGGAAGUGGGGGUGAUUUCUAACCGCUUGCAAUGUCUAAAGAGGAAAAUGUUAACAUUUUUAAAAGGGGGAAACUUACCAUCAGUUGAUAUGUCUUUUUUUUAUAUUUCAGAUAAAUUGUUGAAUAUGGGGCGGGGGGAGAUGGAAAAUUUGAUGGUGGAGAAGCAGUAUUUUAUCCAGCGACGCCGCGAUCACCAUGAUGAUAAUCUCAGACGGCAAAAGCCUUCAAUAAUUUUCCACAAGAGGAAGCUAAGCGUCUCGGAGCUGUCACAUAGAUAGAGGGCAUGAAGCGUUGAGGUGCAUCUAGAAGGUGUUUAUUCUGAGGAGGGUGUGUGUGUGUGCGGGGAGGUGUUGGCAGAAGGAGGGUCUCUGUUUGGAGACGGCGUGUCUUUAUCACCUGGAGUUUCUACCCAUUUCUCAGCCCAGUCUAACUCCGUGUGUCCGCGCCACCUCCUGGACACCAGCUCCAUAUCGGGGGAGAAGAGAAAGCGGUGUGUGUGUGUGUGUGUGUAUAGAUAAGGAAGACGAAGCAGCAACGGCGGAGAUCCCAGGCUCUCCCCCUCUCUCCCUCUCUCUCUCUCAGCUUCCAGUUCCUGUCUAAGCCCCCGCUCUCUUGUUCCAUUAUAUACUGUCAGUAUUAGAUAUCUAUCUGUUUGCAGCUUGGCCGCGCUGAGGCGGCAGCCCGCGGGCAAUGGCUCUCCGAGCCGGCUGGCAGGCGAUCCUCGGCUGCCUGCUCACCGCCGCUUCGGCCGAGAUCUCCAAGGAGGGCGGCUGCAAAGUGAAGACGGUGACCGUGUCCACGCUGCCCGUGCUCCGGGAGAACGACAUCAGUUUCCACGGGGCGCUGGCCGCUGAAUCCAAGCUCUUCCUCUUCGUCCGGAAUGACCUGCCGGGAGAGAUCCUGGUGGUAGACGACCUGGAGAACACCGAGUUACCUUACUUCACCCUGGAAAUGACUGGAACGGUUGCUGAUAUCUCUUUGGUCCACUGGAAGCAGCAAUGGCUGGAGAAUGGUACCUUGUAUUUCCAUGUGUCCAUGAGUAAUGCUGAGCACCUUUCCCAGAUAACUCCGCCAACUCUGCGGGAGCCCUCUGAGAUUGUGGAUGAACAGAUGCAUGUCCUUCAUGUUUCAGUCAUGGGAGGUCUGAUUGCUCUGCUGCUGCUCAUCUUAAUCUUCACGAUGGUACUGUACGCUCGCCGGAGAUGGUGCAAAAGGAGGCGGGUCCCUCAGAAGAGUGCCAGCACAGAGGCCACACAUGAAAUUCAUUACAUCCCAUCCGUGCUGCUGGGACCACAGGCCAGGGACAGCUUUCGUAACUCUCGGAUACAGGCCCAUAAUUCGGUGGUCGGAAUGCCAAUCCGAGAGACGCCCAUUUUGGAUGAUUAUGACUGCGAUGAUGAAGAAAACCAGCUCCGGCCUGAAGCGCGCAACCGAGAAGAUGACUUUGGAAGUCAGGUGACCCGGACGUUAGAGAGCCUGGGGCGAGCGGAAGAGGAGAAACCGUGUUUUGCAGCCGCUGAUGUGACUCAAGAUACAGUGCAGUCAUUGAUGCAGAAGUUCAAGGAGAGUUUUCGAACAAACACGCCAAUUGAGAUCUCGCACCUCCAGCAGGCACCCCGCAGCACAUCCACAGGACGAAAGAAGGGAAGGAGGAAUAAAAGUAGAGGCAUCAGUGGAAUUCUACGAGCAGAAGAAGAUUCUGGUACAGAAGCAGAUGAUGAAACACAUCUCACUUUUCACUCAGAACACAGAGGCAGGCGGAGAAGCAAAGGUUCUCCCAGGAGCCCUUUGAAUAGAACUGCUCUCACUUUAAUCACGGUGUGCAGCUGUGUCCUAACGGUGGUAUAUGGAGGCCAUUUGACAUGCCCCCUGAUGGUGAAGGUGACCUUACAUGUCCCUGAACACUUCAUUGCUGAUGGGAGCAGUUUUGUUGUCAGCGAGGGAAGUUUUCUGGAUGUGUCCGAUUGGUUAAAUCCUGCCAAAUUAUCGCUGUUCUAUCAAAUCAACUCCACAUCUCCAUGGACAAGAGACCUUUGUGGGCAAAGGACAUUAGAGCCAUGUGAACAUCUUUGCGAUGAGGAAACGGGUGAAUGUGGCUGUCAUGAUGGUUUUUCUCCAGAUCCCAUUCACAAACAUCUUUGCGUGAGAAGUGACUGGGGACAAAAUGAAGGGUUAGUUCGACCAUGGCCAUAUACAACAUUGGAAAGAGGUUAUGACCUUGUGACAGGGGAUCAGGCACCAGAAAAAAUAUUCAGAUCUACCUACAGUCUGGGUCAAGGUUUAUGGCUGCCAGUUAGUAAAAGUUUUGUUGUGCCUCCAGUGGAGCUGUCCAUCAGACCAUUAGCCAGCUGCAAGACCGAUGUCCUAGUAACAGAGGACACUGGAGAGGUCAGGGAGGAAGCUAUGCGAUCUACAUACUUUGAAACGCCAGACGAUCUGUUGUCCUCAUUCGGCCCUGUGCGUGACUGCUCCCGGGAUAAUGGAGGCUGCACGAGAAAUUAUCGCUGUGUGAGUGAUCGAAAGAUUGACACCACAGGAUGUAUGUGUCCUGUGGGCCUGAGGCCUAUGAGGGAUGAUUCUGGUUGUUUUGACUACACCAAAGGAAUUGACUGUUCUGAUGGCUUUAAUGGAGGCUGUGAGCAACUUUGCUUGCAACAGACAGUGCCAUUGACUGAAGACCCUUCCUCCAAUAAUAUCCUUAUGUUCUGUGGCUGUGUGGAGGAGUACAGACUGGCAGCAGAUGGUAAAUCUUGUGUGCUGCUAUCAGAGACAUGUGAGGGCACAAAAUGCCAGAAGCUUGAUGCCAGACUGAAUGACACGCUCUUUGUAGAGAUGUUGCAUGGUUACAACAACAAGUCGCGGCAGGUCAAUCAGGGUCAGGUGUUCCAGAUGACCUUUCGGGAGAAUAACUUUGUGAAGGAUUUCCCUCAAAUUGCUGACGGGUUAGUUGUCAUUCCCCUUCCUGUGGAAGAACAGUGUCGGGGAGUUCUUUCCGAGCCAUUGCCCAACCUCCAGCUCCUCACAGGUGAUGCAAAAUACAGUGAGGCUACUGGCUAUCCCGUGGUGCAGGAGUGGAGAGUUCGAAGCAAUCUAUACAAGGUUAAGCUGAGUUCAGUAACACAAUCUGCAGGUUUUUCCAACAUGCUGAAAAUGCUGAAGGGAGAGAGUAGCAGAGAGGAUCUGAUUUCUGUCAUCCAGCAGUAUGGCAGCCAUUACAUAGCUGAGGCUCUCUACGGCUCAGAACUCACAUGCAAAAUACACUUUCCAAGCAAGAAGGUCCAGCAACAGCUUUGGCUCCAGUAUCAGAAAGAAACAACUGAAUUGGGGAACAAGAAGGAACUCAAAUCGAUACCAUUUAUUUCAUACCUCUCAAGUUUACUGGGUGCCCAGAUGCUGUCAGAUGAGCAGCCGAUUACUGGCGUGGAGAUUGAGUGCGAAGAGAAAGGGCAAUGCCCCUCCAUUUGCCAUCUUUGCCAUCGUCAAGGCAAGGAUCAGGCCAGUCCAACACCUGUGCUGCUGGAGAUCACCAGUAUAGUGCCACUGUACCACUUAAUAGAGGGAAACUUGACUAGAGAGAGCUUCAAGACUGCGCUAAUGAGCUCCUAUUGGUGUUUGGGGAAGGGUGAUGUCAUUGAUGACUGGUGCAGAUGUGACUUGAGUGCAUUUGAUGAGGAUGGACUCCCAAGCUGCAGCCCAUUACCUCAGCCUGUGUUGAGACUUUCUACAAGUGUAGAACCAUCAAGUACAAUGAUAGGCUUGGAAUGGCAGGAUGCCCAGCCUCUGAUAGGAACCAAGAUAGCUGACUACAUCAUUCACUAUAAGAAACUGGAUGAUUAUAUCGACCCAAAUCUUUAUGCAGGGGAAUCUCUGAGCUUUGCAGACGACCUUCUUUCAGGGUUGGGAUCUUCCUGUGUCGUAGUGGGGAAAAACCAUGGGGUUGCCUUGGAGACAACAACGUAUUCCUUAAUUUUCAAGUGCCUGGAACCAGACAGCUUUUACAAGUUUACGUUGUAUGCUUUGGACAGUAGAGGGCGACGUUCUGAGCCAAGCACUGUGACUAUGAGAACCUCCUGCCCUCUCAUUGAUGACAUCAAGGCAGAAGAAAUAGCAGAGAUGAUCUACAGCCUAUUUAAUGGUUACACCAGUGGGAAGGAACAGCAAACUGCCUACAACAUACUGAUGGAGAUCUCCUCCCCCAUGGUUUACCGAGUGAUACAUCACUAUAACUCUCACUAUGAAAAAUUUGGAGACUUCAGGUGGCGUAGUGAAGAUGAACUUGGUCCAAGGAAAGCUCACCUCAUUCUAAAACGACUCGAAAGUGUGAGUGACCGCUGCGCAUCGUUACUACACAGUGCCUAUAUUCAGAACCACAUAGACUCAGUGCUAUAUUUCAUCUGUCAAAUGGAAGAAACCAGACCCACAGGAAUGGUCUGGUACAGCACCUUACAUGAUGCAAAAGUGACUUGCGAUGAAAAACUAAUGUCCGUUCCACGCAACAUUUACGGAGAUACUAAACUGUGGUGAGGCAACUGGACAUAUUAAACUUUAAUUAUAUGCUCAACUUUUGAAAUUUUAAAAGAAGCAAGGCAAAAAAAAAGUAUUGUCACCUCAAACGACAGUGGAAUCAUCAUCAAAUGUUAUUCCCCUUGAAAAAGAAAUGCCUUCUGGUCUUUUGGUGCUUGUCAAAAUGUUUAAUAAAUUAAAGAAACUGGAGCUACGUAAUUGGAACUAUGUACUCAACAUUAACAACUAUCUGUAAAGUGAACAGACAAAGAGUUAAGACCGCAUGUGAAUUAGUGAAACAACCAAAAAUUCCAAGAAAAAAAUGCAACAUAUUGUAGCGCAUUUUUGCUUUUUAUAAAUUGACAUACGAAGAAAUGCAGACGUUUUUCACAAAUAGUGGAGAAUUAUAAGAUAAACAACUGCUAUAUAAAAGUUGAUCCAAACCAAUUUCAUUUAUUAAUGAUUCAAUGUUAGCAAAAGCUGGAUUAACAAUUUAACAAUGUUGUAAAUAUUAAAAUGCACAAUGUACCACUAAAAAUGUACAGUAUUUUACCUUUAGAAAUGAAGAGUAUUCAUGGUUCAGAAAAGUGCAGAUAUCUAUCAAUUAGUUUUCAUUGUUAAUUCAGGAUGUUGUCUCUCGUGACUGACACCCACAGGGAACCAACAGCUUGUGGCCCACUAACAUAACCAACUUAUUGAUAACCUAGAUUUGUGUGUAGAUACAUGAUGGGAAAUAACGGGAUUCUAAAACACAUAUUGACUUCAAUUCUCUAAUGGUAGUUGUUAAACUGGCGGCUUCUGGCUUGAAGUUUCAUAACAUUGCUUUGACCUAGACUUUGAAUGUACAUAAAAUAAAUGACCAUGAAAAAUGAAACAAUUUUCAGUGCACAAUCAUAGUUAUCAUAAAUGUUAGCCAUAUUUUAAGUUGAAUAUGGAACUGUGACUAUUAAACAUAAACUUUACCAUGUCUUUUGAAAGAUUAUCAACCAGUCCAGAGGAAGGUUUUGAUUUGGUUAAAUCAUUGUCAUCAAUUUCACUGAAGAAGCUAUUGUCAAUCAAAAAAAUCCCUUUUAAUCUUUUGUUUUCAUGCAGCAAUGUAAUUUUCUGUUGAACGGGAUUUGAAUGCUAGGGCAGGUACAUUUUAUAUCAUCCAUUUCAAUAGAUCAGAAUGCUGUUGUGACACUAAACUUUGCUUUGGACUAGGAAGAAAUUGAAAAGAUUUAUGAGAAUAAGUGAACUUGUGACAGAUUUUGAAAUAAGAUAGCAACAAGUUACUACCAAGAAAUAAAGUGAAUGGCAAAGGCACAUGCUUUAAAACCUAAAUAAACUGUAAUGACGAAUUAAAAAACUAACUUAAUAGUUAGUCGGGACUAUUCACAUGUUAAUUUUUUUGGAGUUGUUGAGACUGGAUUAAGUACAAUGCAGUUUGAAUGUGCAUAUUAAAUCCUGUUGAUUGUGGUGAGCUGAGGUACUUGAAGCUAGAAAUUUAGUGUGGCUUAAAAUGGAUUAACUUCAGCUAGUUAGAUAGGAAAUGGGUUUUAAUACUGAAUGAUAAUUAAUUAUGACAUGAAACAACGUGAUUGAAAUUUCACUGUACUAAAUAUAUUGUCUGAUAAAUAAAGAAUUUCAUGCAUCUCA